GGUUAGCAGCAAGCCCCGCCCAAGAGAGGAGAGUCCUCUGUCUCUGUGUCUCUCGCGUCCUCCUCCACCCCCUCCCUUUCGGAAAGACUACACCCCCCAAGAUGCUUUGCCGGACUCUCCCUGGGGUUCCGGAUGCUGCUGACAAGCGAAGGUAAGCAGUCGAGCUCCGGAGGCAGCCGGGGAGGAGCAGCAGGAGCUCGGAAGGAGCCCAGCGGAGCCUUUCUCCUCCUCUGAAGGAAGGGAAGGGAAGGGAAAGGAAGAGAAGGCGGUGGCUGAGAGGAAGAAGGCGGAGGGAGCCUCCAAGCAGCAAAGAGAGCCAGAGGCAGAGAAAUACAGAGAGAGAGACACAGAGAGACAGCGAGAGGGAAGCAGAGCUGUGCCAGGCUCGCCUCCGCCUUUUGUGCGGCGGGUUUGCAAAGGAAAGGAAAGCAGAGAGGGAAGGGGAGAAUGUGAGCAGCAGCAGGAGGAGGAGGACGAUGCUGUCGCUGAAGGUUGGCAGCGGCGCCGAAGCAGAGCCCGGCACUGGCGAGGGGGGCAGGCAGGCCCCCGCCUCCUCCUCCGCCGCCUCCUCCUCCGCCGCCUCCUCCUCCUCUUCUUCCUCCUCCUCCUCCUCUUCUGCCUCCGCCUCCGCUUCACGCCUGGAAGAGAAGAGGAGCCUCCACGGAGCUGCCCAGCAGCCUCAGCAGGAGCAGCCCGAGCAGGAGGAGCAGCAGGCGGCCCCCAGCCCCGCGGAUGGGAGCUCCAUUGCCUGCCAGCCUGUUGGACUGGAAAACGGAGCCAACCCGCCGGCUGAAUGGUUCCCGCGCAGCCAAGGCCCAGGGCUGCGGCAGCCCAACAGUGAGGUGGAUGGUAGUGAGAGGAACUUCAGGGUGAACCUUCACUGCAAACACGGGCGGCCCAGAGAACUCAAGUGUAACAGCAGGAGCAGCAAAGCAGAAGGUCCUGCCUCUGCCUUUGCAGACAUCCGUCCAACCAAUUGUUCUUCCAAGAGGCAUACUGGUGAAGAUGACCUACGGAAGCGGCUGAAAUCCCAGGGCCCGCUGGUACCACCAACGGGAGGUCCCAUCCGCAGCUCUUCUGAUUACUCCCAAGAGCCCAACAUCUAUCAGGCAGAGCAUCCCGCGCAGGAAGCGUCGGCGUGUUUGGCAAAGAAGGCCUUGUCAUUCAGCAUGCUCAGUUUCCCAGAAGGCUCUUGCUCAGUAUUAGGUCGUGAGCACAAAUCAGGCUUGCUGCACCCCUCCGAGACAGCAGACCGAUAUAAGAGUCUUCACACUCAGAGCAGUACCAAGGCGGACGAGAAGGCCCAAGGACCAGAGGAGGCCGCUGCACACGAGAGAACUGCCAAGACUUUUUCCAAUGCCACUCUAGCUUCAGGGAGGUGCAACAUUGAUAACAUCAUCUCCCUUUUAAAGAGCAAGUGUGGCAAUGGCCGUAUCAACCUUUACCCUGUGGUGCAGCUCAUAGACAUCAUGAAGGACAUCAACCGCCUUUCGCAGGACUUGAAGAGCUGUGGUGUUCACCUGGAUUGUAGCAAUUUGCAGGUCAACAGCCACCCGUCCCUCAGUGAGGAAGGGCGGGACCAGGGCCUGCAGUACAGCUUCUACUCCUCACCUGUGCUGGCCAACAGCAUCCGUAGCCCUGAGGAAGUCACAGCACAGGACAGUGACAAAACAGAGCUAUCUAAACAGACCCAACCCAUCCUGUAUAUGGGAGAAUCAGAUGAGGGCACUACAGGCGCCCAGUUUCAAGCCUGCCAGAGUAGUCCUGCUUUGAAGGUUCCUGGCAGCCCAGGUGAAGCUAGCAGCUCAGAAUCUGAUACCACUGACCAUACUGAGCUGGCUGAUACAGAUAUCCUGAGUGAACUGGCUUCCUUGGCAUGUCCAGGUCCCCAGCUGCUAGAGCCUCAGCCUCUAGAGUCCCAUCCCCAGUUGCUACAAAGCCUAGAGUCAAGGUCCCCAUUAAUUGGUUCACAGACUCUAGAACAUCAGCCUCAGCUAGUUGAUUCUAAAUCUUUAGAGCCUCCUCCAGAACCAAUGGCCCUGCAGACUGUGGAGCCACUGCCUGAACCUUUGGGGUUGCAAAGUCUAGAGCCUCUAGAACUGCAGAACUUAGAGCCCUUGUCUGAAUCACUGUCACUGCAGUCCCUAGAACCCCUUUCCGAGCCUCUGGGGCUCCAGUCUUUAGGAGCUUUAGACCAUCAGUUACUGGACUCCCAAGCCCAGCUUUUGGAUCCAGAGGCCCAGCUGCUAGGCUCACUGCCCAAGUUGUUAGACUCCCAGCCCCAAAUGGCAGCAGAGGAGUCACUAAGGGUCCAUUCCCUACAGCCUGGAUCACGCCUUGGAGGCUACUCCCCAAGAGGAGUGGUGAGGCGUGGGGCAGGGCGAGGAAGGGAUGACCACAGGAAAUACGCUCUGCGGAGAACAGAUAAACCAAAGAUACUCUGCCGCCGUAGGAGGGGAGGCCGGGGGCGGCGAGCAGAGAUAGCCACGGAGACCCGAGUCCUCCCCAUGCCCAUGCCGGUUGAGGUGGUGAUGGCGCAACCUGAACAACCCAAGAUGCCAGUGGCUGUAGUGACAGCUCUACCUGUGAAUCAAAUCGUGGACCCCAUGUUUUCUCCCCUGGAGCCUGGAGAUGGUGGCCAGCAGGCUGCGCCUACAAACUUGCAACCCCUCAAGCCCAAGUGUCGUGGGGUACGCAGGAUGGUGGUGAAGAUUGCCAAGAUUCCUGUGUCCCUUGGGAGGAGGAAUAAGACAACAUAUAAAGUCUCCUCCCUCAACAGCAACUUGAGCCUAGAAGGCAAAGAACUGACGAGCUGCUCCUCAUUGGAGCCAACUCCCCUGCUGAAGAUGAAGAAUAAUGGUCGUAACGUCGUAGUGGUCUUUCCUCCAGGGGAAAUGCCCAUUAUCCUGAAGCGCAAGCGGGGAAGGCCUCCAAAAAACCUGAUGUUGGGACCAUGCAAGCCCAAGGAACCUACCCCAGAAGUGAAAAAGCGGAGACGGAGGAAACAGAAGCUGGCAUCCCCGCAACCCUCCUACGUUGCUGACACCAAUGAUAGUAAAGCUGACUACUCCGAUGUCCUGGCGAAGCUUGCCUUUCUAAACCGCCAGAGCCAGUGUUCUGCUCGUUGCUCCCCACCCCGCUGCUGGACCCCAACUGAGCCAGACUCCAUCCACCAGGCCCCUGACACUCAAAGUAUCUCCCACAUUUUGCAUCGGGUCCAAGGUUUCCGCCGGCGUGGUGGCAAAGGAGGUGGCUUUGGACGCGGAGGAGGACAUUCUGCCCGCUCACCUCACUGUUCCUUUAGUGAUUUCUUUGAAGGAAUUGGCAAGAAGAAAAAGGUGGGCCCAGGAGGAGCCAUGCAUGCCGACCCCAUUCACCCACGGAAGAGAGGCCGGCCAGAACCAGAUGCCAUGGAGAAGCCCAAAAGAAAGAGGAGAUCCCGUAAAAAUGGGGUGCUGUUUCCAGAACAGAAUCCUAACCAGAACUUUGGCGAUGGAGCCUCUGACUGGUGUGGAGACAAGGAAAGCCUUUGGAUAUCCCACCAUGGACACCUCUCCAGCCAAACCAACAGGAACUGCAGUUUUCAAGACUCGCGGACCUUUCAUUCUUCAGCACUGGAGGCUUGUUCUUCAAGCCGGACCGGUUUUUACAGUGGAAGUAAUCCAUCCUCACAGUCAGAGCUAAGUCAGGAAAGACAGAAUCUUUUCACAGGCUACUUCCGCUCUCUGCUGGAUUCAGAUGACUCCUCCGAUCUGCUGGACUUUGCCCUCUCAAAUACACGCUCUGAGUCACGGAAAUCCACUAGCACAUACACAGCCCCUCCCAAUGCCAUUGCAACCCAGAGGGGUAUGGCAUCUUACCCAACAAGGGGAGGAAAAACCACACCCUCUACCACUACUACUGCCACUACUGAGACACCUUUCCAUACAGUCAUGACCAACCGGCAGUCGUUCCCUCCCAGCAGAGCACCCGGAUACAACCUUUCUCAGACUGCUUCUGACUGCCGUGGCUCAGAUGCCUACCAGAAGCUGGCAUCUCUCUCGGCUGUGUCCAGAUCACCCACUGCUCACUCCACCGUGGCCUCUAGCUAUGCACAGUAUGGCAACUACAGCAGUGGCGGGGGGCAGAGUGUCACUCCCUCUAGCUUGUUCCAGCAAGCCAAGCCCUACCAUGCCACACAGGAUUGCCCCAACAAUAAAGACUGCAGCUUCACCUAUGGCAGUGGCAACAGCCUUCCUUCAUCACCAAGCAGUGCCCAUAGUGCCAGCUAUGCCCAGCAGGCUUCAGGUCCCAGCUUGCCAUUGAGUAAGGCCUCCUUCUUCAACAGCUCUGACCCCAGCCAGUUCUCCAGCUCCUCCCACACCCCCAUGAGAUGUGACAGUCGGGCAAGUACCGUGUCUCCAGGUGGCUACAUGGUCCCCAAAGGUUCCACUUCUUUUCAGCCCUCCCCUGAAAAUUGUCGGCAGUUUCCCAGUGCCUCCCAGUGGGCUUUCCGGCAAGGUUAUAGCAACCUGGACUGGAACGCGGAGACAUUCAACCAGCUCUACAACCCAGGUUUUGAUUGCCAUAUCAAUGAGCCCAAUGUCAUCCUGGACAUCUCUAACUACACGCCCCAGAAGGCCAAGCAGCAGACAGUCUCUGAGACCUUCUCCGAAUCCUCCUCUGACAGUACUCAGUUCAACCAGCCAGGAGGUUACAGAAGAGCCAACAGCGAGGCCUCGUCGAGUGAAGGCCAGUCGAGCCUUUCGAGCCUAGAGAAGCUGAUGAUGGACUGGAAUGACUCUUCUUCAGCCCCAGGUUACAACUGGAAUCAGAGUGUCUUAUUCCACAGCAGCUCCAAGCCAGGACGAGGCAGGCGGAAGAAGGUUGACAUAUUUGAUGCCGCUCACCUGAAUUUCUCAACAGGUGCAUACCCUUCCAAGAGGGGCACAGGGGCCAGGCAGCCACGGGGUUCCCGAGGUGCCUGUGCCUCUAGGAAAGAGAGAGGCACUGGCAAAAGCAAGUUCCCAACAAAAUCCCAGUCGGUGAACCCACCGUUUCAAGACAGUACAGACUUAGGCCUGGACUACUACAGUGGAGACAGCAGCAUGUCCCCUUUGCCCUCCCAGUCCCGGGGCUUUGGGCUCAGCGAAAGAGACCCUUGUGACUACACUGGGCCCUACUCCAUGAACCCCUCCACCCCAUCUGAUGGCACCUUUGGACAAGGGUUUCAGAGUGACUCCCCUGGCCUGGGGCAGACGGACCUGGAAAGCAAGCAUUUCCCGGCGCUGCCCCACCAACUUGCUGCCCCACCCCCUCCACAGACUGUGUUUGAAGCAGGCUUGCAAAAAGCUUUCUCACCCAACUGCUCCCCAACCCUGGCCUUUAAAGAGGACUUGCGGCCGAGCGACAUCCGGAAGCUUCCUGCCUGCGACUCCCUCAAACACGGCAUGCAAGGGACUGCGGGCAUGCCCCAUUCGGGCGUGCACAUGACCUGCCGGGAUCUGCCUAUGUCUCAGCCACACUACGACUCACCCAGCUGCAAAAACCCCAGUUAUUGGUACUCCCCCACCUCAAGCACCCGCAGCCCUCCCUAUGACAACAAAGCUGGGGUUGGGAUGUUGGUGGACUUUAUGGGGAGAAGCCCGGAUGCCUCCUGCCUCAACCCCCACCUAGCCAGCCCCCCCAACACCAACCCUCCCAAGACUGAGAAAGAGCCCAUGGACAUGGCAAGGGCUCACCACCGAGGGGCUUACAUUUGCCCUUUGAUGAAUGACUUGAAUAUCUCCCCAAUCCCGAGAGACUCCAUGCUGCCGCUCCAGGACAACUAUAGGUACCCCAGCUUUGCACCCCAAGGGCACCCCAUCAUGACUGCGGCCCAAAAGAGUGGGUUUUUGGGUCCAAUGCUAGAGCAACAUCCGGAAGACACUUUCACAGUCACCUCAUUGUAGUGUCAUCUGAAGUGCCAACCAGACAACGAGGUUUUGUUUCAGGAGUACUUUAGCCAGCACUUUUUCUGGAACACUUUUCAAGUUCUGUAUUUAAUGGAAGUCAAACGCUGAUCUUUUUGUUCAUUUGUUGGUUCUUUUGGAAUUUUUUUUCUUUUUCUAAAAAAAAAAGAUUGGAAAGAGAUGGGAAGGAAAGGAAGAAAGAAUGAAAGUGGAAAGAAGAAAGGAAGAAAAGAAAAAUAUAUUUGGUGGGGAAAAAAUAAACGAUAAACUUGCUUUAUUUGGGAAUGGCAUGGAGGCAGUUUUGUUUUAACCAGACUGCGUCGUCGGCCCCCUUCCCACCCCCCAUGCCCCCCAUCACCCCCUCCCAUCCAAUCCAGCAAAAAGACAAUCGAACGGUUCCAGCCACCACCCGGGCGGAGUGUGAGAACACGAGGGUCCCCAUGUUCCUUCUCGCCAGCCAGCCUCCCACCCACGGCAUGCAUACGAGGAACACACCGGAAGGCAGCAGACAGCAACCCAGGCAGGCCACGGAGGAGAGGACAUUUAUUUUUUCCUUCUUUCAGCAGGGGAGGGGUAAGGAUGGGAGGAAAUGACAGUAGUCUGUAAACUCAAAUGCAAACUCAGUAAUGAAGACUGGACACUUGGCAUUUUCCUCCUCAUCAUCUCCCACCCCUUUCUCUUGUGCGGGUUUCUUUUUUUUUUUUCCUCCCAGUUUGUUUGCCUGCAUUCUUUUUUUUAAAAAAAUGCUUUUGUUGCUUCAUUUUGUUGGAGAGCCCAGGAAUUUUUACAAGUCUGUGAAUGGAUCUUGGAAACGCCAUCACUUUUCAUUUCCAUGAUGAAGAGGAAGAAGACCCUCCCUCGGCUCUUGCAACAAACUGGGCUGCUCUUGACAUUGCUUCUCGGUAGAGGGGCGGGAUAGGAAGAAGUGGGAGCUGCACCAGAGACACCCUCAUCCACCCAGAAGGCCCAGCAAGAAGACAGAAGUCUCGCCUUGCCUUUCCUGCCCUGUCCCCAUCCUCUCUCUGUAUUCCUGUGCCCCCCUGUGUUGCUGCCUAUCCUGCCCCCUCUCUGUCCCCAAAAUGCGUUUGUCUCCUCUGUUGAGAAGCAAGUGGAGGGGGGGGGGUGAGAAGAGCAGUUCUGGGGGCUUUUCUUUCUGCACAAAACCAGCAAUUGUAAAUACUUUUCAAAAAUUUUAAAAAAGAAAAUUAAAAAAAAAAACAAUACAAAAGAGCAAACACAAUGAAACACAUACACAUAGUGUGGGUUGUUGUGACUUUCCUGGGCUGUCUGGCCAUGUUCCAGAAGCAUUCUCUCCCGACGUUUCGCCUGCAUCUAUGGCAGGCAUCCUCAGAGGUUGUGAGGUCUGUUGGAAAAUAGGAAAAUAGUAUUUAUAUACCUGUGGAAUGUCCAGGGUGGGAGAAAGAACUCUUGUCUGUUGGACAAGUGUGAAUGUUGCAGUUGACCACCUUAAUUAGCAUUUAAUGGUUUAUUAUUAUUAUUAUUAUUAUUAUUAUUAUUAUUAUUAUUAUCUUUAUUUGUACCUCACUAGCAUCUCCCAAAGAACUCGAUGCAGCUUACACAGGCCAAGGCCUCAAUCAAACAACAGCAUAACAAAACACGUAACUUAAAGCAAAUCAAACAUUAAAACAAUAGCAGUAAACAAUAAAAACAAUACACCAUAACACAAUAAAGCAAGGACCAGGCCAAAUGUAAUGGGUACAGAUUAAAAAGUGCUGGGUGUGACAGGUGGAUGUAGCAUUUUAGGGUAAGUGCAAUGUGCAGACCAUCUUAAAACUCUGAUAAAGUGCUUCUGGGACAUAUUGCUGGAGUUUCCUAUUCUGGAAAGGCACAUCGGAACAGCCAGGUCUUCAAACUCUUCCUAAAGACUGCCAACGUAGGGGCUUGUCUGAUGUCUUUGGGGAGGGUGUUCCAAAGUUGGGGGGCUACCACAGAAAAGGCCCUGUCUCUCGUCCCCACCAAACACGCUUGCGACGCAGGAGUUUAGCAGUUUCAAGGUCUGGAUUCUUACUACCUGGGGGGAUCCUUUGUUGGGAGGUGAUUGGUUGGUCCUAAUUGCUUCUAGUCUGGAAUUCCCCUGUUUUUUUUAGUAUUGCUCUUUAUUUACUGUCCUGCUAUGGCUGACUUCUCUGGUUGAAGGACAAGAGGGAUCUUCUCACCUCUGCAGGAGACUACCGUAUACCAUCCCCACUACCUCUCUUUAGACUGCGUCGGAUGAUCUUGUGGGUUGAGUUAGGUUUUAAUAACUACUUGUAUUGGUUUUUAGAUUAGAUUUUAAAAUUUGUUGAAGUUUGAAGUGUAUAACCCCUUAGGUUUGAUGUGAAUCUACGGGACUGGGUCCCCAUGUUGUGAUCUGGUCAUGGACCGUAAUAAACUUUACUUACUUACGUAUACCAUGCAACUGUGGACAAGUUUACAUAGGGACCACCAAACGCAGCAUUGCCCAAACACGAAUCAAGAAACGUGAAAAGCACUGCAGACUAAACCAGAGAAGUCAGCCAUAGCAGAGCACCUGAUAAACCAACCUGGACACAACGUAUUAUGGAGCCCCCGGUGGCGCAGUGGGUUAAAGCCCUGUGCCGGCAGGACUGAAGACCAACAGGUCGCAGGUUCGAAUCCGGGGAGAGGCGGAUGAGCUCCCUCUAUCAGCUCCAGCUCCUCAUGCGGGGACAUGAGAGAAGCCUCCCACAAGGAUGAUAAAACAUCAAAAAUCAAAGACGUUGCCCCUGGGCAACGUCUUUGCAGACGGCCAAUUCUCUCACAACGGGGUGCUCCUGACAUGACCAAAAAAAACAAAACAAAAAAAAACAACGUAUUAUUUGAGAACACAGAAAUGCUGGACCACUUUAACAACUACACAGAGAAGCCACUGAAAUCCACAAGAAGCAAGUGGACAAUUUCAACAGAAAGGAGAAAACAAUGAAAAUGAACAAAA